ACAUCCACUCAUCAGACAAUCCAUGGCUAACACAAUGGCCUCAAGACAUACACUCAACAGACUUGAGGUCCGAUUGAAUGACAUUUGGAUCAGUUGUCAGAAAGAGAUGAUAGAAAUGAGAGACAAAAUCAAGAAAUUGAGUGAUUAUGUGAAGACAUCGGAUCUAAUGAUCGAAGAGAUGUCAAAAAUGAACGAAACUCUUGUGAAUAUCAUUGAAGAGAAUCGUAACAACGGAUCCAAGAGUUCAGAACUUCAUAAACUUUAUACAGAAUUUUCAGGACUCGAGGAAUCGGUUGACCGACAAAAAGACAAUUUACGCGCUCUUAAGAUAUGUUUGAAUGCAAACAAUGGACACAAUGUUAUGGAUUUGAUCCACAGUUGGAGACGAGUGACCGAAACGCGGGAUCAAUUCAUUCAAACACAUGAUGUGAUUGUAAACAAUAUGAGUGCAGUCGCAGAAACGCGGCAACAAUUCAUUCAAACUAAUGAUUUGGUAAACAAUAGCAGUGAAAGCACAAUUAGUGACAUAAUUGCUGUUAAAUUGGACGACAAUGUCAUAGACAUCAACCUCUCUGACGAUGACUAUCAACCGGUGGACGAAGACAUGGAGACAAUGGACGCCAGAAGUGAUGCCGUGAGUGAUAGUGGAAGUGAAUAUACAGAAGGGGUUCACAUCAAGAAUGAUGACAGCGAUAGUGAUUAUGAAGUGAAACCUAAGCGUAAAUCUCCGAAGAAGUUUAAGAAAUGUAAGACAUUUCAAAUUCAGAGCACAUCCAAGUUCUUCGACGUAACCGAUGAACAAAUGGAUCAAUUAAUACGUCCGCAACACAAGAAGAAUGACUAUUAUCUGUGCGAUGAAAGCGGGUGUAUAUUCAGUACUGCCGAUAGGUUUAGGUUUUAUAAUCACCUCAAAAGACACUCAACUUCGGCACUAACUUCCGAAGGGAUGCGACGAUUAGAGCGUAUGGACGACGUGUUACUCCCGAUGACUGAUCUCAAACUGAAGGCCUAUGUGUGCAAUUGGCCCGACUGUCAGUACAGCUCAGCAAACAAAAGGGUUUUCUAUCAACACUACUGCCGACACAAAGACGUGACCUUAAAGUCUAUUCUAACGGCAGACCAAUUGGACAAUGAGUCUGAAUGUCAGGUGAUAGCGGAUGACUCAAAAAUGGAUAGUUUAAUACUCCCGGAGCACAGAGUGGGCGACCAAUACGUGUGCAAUGAUAUCAUGUGUGGCUUUAGUACCGAAGAUAAGGAGAGAUUCUAUAAUCAUUUGCAAAGACAUCCAACCCUGAGAACGAAUCCCAAGAACUUUCGCCAACUGGAGAGAAGAGAUGACGCGGUUAUGCCAUUGUUGGACCGCAAGACCAGAAUAUUUACGUGCAAUGCGUCCGACUGUCACUAUAAGUGCAGAAGUAAAAAGGAUUUUUAUAGACAUCUAAACGGUCACAAAAACACCGAACCUGUUGUCAGCGAAGAACUAGAUUUGAUACGACCCGAGCAUAGAGUGGACGAUCAGUACGCCUGCGAUGAGUCUAACUGUACUUUCCGGACACCCGAUAGGCAGCGGUUCUCUAAUCACCUGCAAAGACACCAAACGCCGGGCAUAUCGAGGGAGAAGUUUCGCCGAUUGGAGCGAACGGACGACUUGACACUUCCUCACUGGGACGCGACGGUCGGCCGAUAUGUCUGUCAUCGGCCGGACUGUGCGUUUCGGUCGGAAUCGAAGUAUAACUUUUACAAGCAUUUAGUCAAACAUUCCAACCCUAACCUCAAAGACGAAGUCGAUGUCGAAGCGGCCCAUAAGAGCCGCAAAUUGCAGAUUAUGGACGAACGGAUCGGCAAAUGUUUAACGGAUGGUCAGUACGUGUGCCAUGAGAUCGGCUGCGACUUUAUGUCUGUCAGCAAACUUGUGUUUCACAGCCAUUGGCUUAAACACAACCCACCGGUGGUGCCGGUGUCCGCACUGUUUGACCUCUCGCUGGAGCGACCGUUUGUGUGCGAUUGGCCGGAGUGUGGCGUUGCGUAUAAAGUUAGGAAAUAUUUGCGACUCCAUCGCCGCAAACACUUGGGUAUCACUAAUUUUGCGUGCGGUUGGCCCGGAUGUGACUACAGGUGCAACUCAAACACUUAUAUGCGAGUCCACCGACGCACUCAUACCAAGGAAAAGCCCCGACAGUACUCGUGGCCCGGGUGUGAGUACACGUGCAAUAGUAAUCCCGGUAUGAACUCCCAUAUGCGUAAACAUACCGGUGAAAAGCCAUAUGAGUGCCCGUUUCCCGAAUGCGGUUUCCGCUCCUCACAGUCCUGUGCGCUGACCACUCAUAAGCGCCGACACACCGGCGAAAAGCCGUUUGUUUGCACCGAAAUAGGUAUGCGAUUCAUUAUUAAAUAUAUAAACCGUUAUUGUGUUGCGACAAACGGUUCUCAGCGGCGGCCGGACUAUUCAGUCACCGCAAAAUUUGACCUCUCGCUGGAGCGACCGUUUAUCUGCGAUUGGCCCGAAUGCGGGUUUGCCUUCAAACGGGUCAAUCACCUCUCGGCCCAUAAGGACCGGCACAUGAAUAUCAAACGCUUGGAGUGCGGUUGGCCCGGAUGUGACUAUCGCAGCAACUCUGGCCAUCACGUCAGAGAGCACAGGCGCACUCACACCAAGGAGAAGCCCCGGGCGUGCACGUGGCCCGGCUGUGAGUACAGAGCCAAUAGCCAAUGGGGAAUGACCGCACAUAUGCGCAAACAUACCGGUGAAAAGCCUUAUGAGUGUCCGUUCCCGGAGUGCGGUUUCCGCACGUCUCAGAACUGCAUUCUAACCACUCAUAAGCGCCGACACACCGGCGAAAAGCCAUACGUUUGCACCGAAAUAGGUUGUGGUAAACGGUUUUCAUCGGCUUCCGGACUCUUCAUUCACCGCAAGAGUUAUCACAAAUCUAUGAGUUCGCCGACAAAGAGGGGACGCAAACCGAAACAAUCGCCACAAAAAGUAGACGAUGUGUCCAAUGAUUGCAACAGUUCUGACGAG